GUUUUUCACUCUGUACUAGUUUGAUUAAUUUGAGUUUCUCUAUAUUUUAAAAUAAGUACUUUUUUUGCGUUUUGUGAAAUCAGUUAAUUGUCUCAAUGUAGAUAACGAUAAUGUUUGUAAAAUUGUAUUCUACAAUUUUUCUGCGAUAUAAAAAUUCUUCGUUAAAAUUUGUAUGGAUUAAACAUAAUGUUCAAUAUAUGAAAUCCAGAUAUAGGAAUUAAUAGAAAAAUAGCUAAUAAAAUAAAUAGUAAAUAGUUUCAUAGUUUGCCUAUCAUGUGAUAUAUUUCGAAUAUAUGUAAUAUUUCAACUUCACAAGUUCUUCAUUAUCCAACUGUUUGCUGGACCGUGGAUCAUAACCGCUAUAUAUUUAUUAAGAUGCACAAUUGCACAUGCCUGAGAUUGGCUCACGAUUUGGAAAUACUAUUUUCAUUGGCGUGCUCGGCAUUUCCGAUUACAAUUAUGACCAAUCGUAGCGCGCUAUUAGCGACUAGAGUCAUGCGAAACGAUCUGCAUGAAAUGUCAAAGGACGGCCAUGGAGGUGGACAACAAUCUGAAUUUGAGCGAACCUGUUUCCAAACAGAAAAGCCUGUCCCGCAGAAAUGGGAAAACCUUAGCGUCGGAUAAGGCUAAAAACGUUCUGGAAGAGGGGAAACCCUUCAAAUUAAGAAAAAGCGACAAGGACAUAUACGUGAACAACAAAACCAAUUUCAAGGGACAGUUGUACAGGUGUGAAAAAUUGUUCGACAAAGGCGCGUCGCAGUUGACUGUUCAUGGUCGCGGAGCUGCUGUGUACAAAGCGUGCAAUUUAGCUUUGCAACUGCAGGAGCUCCAUUAUGGUACUUUAGAACUUGAUAUUAAAACUUCCACCGAAACUUCAGAAGAUAAAUUGAAGGCGUCCGAUGAUGCAGGCGAGAAAGUAAGCGGCAGACAGAACUCUGCUGUACAUAUACGAGUCUUUAGAACAUUAUCGCUACCCAAAUUGAGGUGAAUCAGCUGAUUUCACAAUGUCUUUGGAUGAUAAGACUGUAUGCAACAGGAUUAUUAUUUAAACUAUAAUAUCGUAA